CGUCACGCUCGUACGCUCACCAUACCAUCAGUUAGCGUACGAUAACAAUAAACAACCCUGAAACGAGAGAUACGCACCAACAGAACCUGCGGCUCCAGUUCGACACAAAUGCAGGGAAAAUAUGAGCCUUGUCGGCCAGAAACAGUUGUAGCGUCUCGUCGCGGAGCGGUUGCCAGCGGACUGUAGUCAAACUCGUUCUCCUCCGCCAGCUCUUCGCUCCCUCGGGCCCCAUGUCUCCCUGGCUCUUCCCCUGGCCAGGCUCAAUCAAGAAGCGGGCCUGUCGGUACCUCUUACAGCACUACCUCGGUCACUUUCUGCAGGAACGACUGAGCCUGGAACAGCUCGGCCUGGACCUUUACAACGGCAGCGGUGUCAUCAAGGAAAUCAACCUCGAUGUCUGGGCGGUCAACGAGCUGUUGGAGACUCUCGGGGCUCCUCUGGAGAUAGUGGAUGGCUUUGUGAGCAGCAUAACAGUGACCAUCCCCUGGCAAGCUCUCCUGACAGAUCACUGCACCUUAGAAGUGUCUGGUCUUCAGAUAACAUGUCGACCGAAGUACCGAACCAGUGGGGGUUGGGACUCCCAAGGCUGGUCAUCAAGCAUGACCUCCAGCAUGCAGCUGGCUCAGGAGUGCCUGAAGGACCCCCCUGAAGCGUCCGAGGAGCCGCCUGCCCAGCUGGAAGGGCUUGAGAUGUUUGCACAAACCAUUGAGACAGUCCUUCGUCGUAUUAAAGUCACCUUCAUAGACACUAUCGUUCGCAUCGAGCACCAGCCCCUGGACCUGGAAACAGGCGUUGCCUUAGAGGUGCACAUCAAACGGCUGGAGUACUUUGACGAGGCUGUGCGGGAUCCAGCCAGCCAGACCACCGUGCCUGUGGACAUCCACCAGCCGCCGUCCUUCCUGCACAAGAUCCUCCAGCUGAGCGCCGUUCAGCUGUUCUACGACAGCAACGGCACAGCGCAGGGUCCUCAUGAGGAGAAACAUCCUGAAUCAGCCAUGGCUAGUGAAGAAGAAGAAGAAGAAGAAGAAGAGAUGAAGGAGAAGGAGGAAGAAGAUGUACAACAAGAAGAUGAGGAGGAGGAAGAUGAUGAGCGAAAGCCUUUGAAAUCCCCUCCUUGCCCUGCUUCCCAGCCACUGCUCAUAGGAAGCUGUCCUGGUUUCAUUGAGACCACCGUCAAAAUCAAACAGGACGACAUGCUGCCUGGACCAAAGUUGGAGUUGGAGGGGAAGGUGGGCUGUGUCCACAUGCUGCUGUCUCCGGAUCAAAUAACCCAUCUGACAGACCUGCUGUCGGCCCUCUGCAUAGACACAGAGAUCGAGACUAAGUGUGGCGGAGCACUCAGUCGUCCGUUGGACUCAGACGACCUGCGUUUGAUUGAGGAUGACCUCAGCAAGCAGCUGGGCUCCAGUCCCAGAGACAGGGAGUGGGAAACUGAGGCCCACCUGGAGCCCUUCAUCACCGGCAUGGAGAAUGGAGAUAUGUUUUUCUCCAUGGGUCCUGGAAUGACCAGUAGUGGGACGUCUGUGCGCUCUGGCAGCGAGUUGUCAGACAGCGAUAUGGAGUCCUCCACGCACAGUCUGUCCAGCUUCACACAGCCUGCACAGGGCAUGGCGAGCGGUCCCAGGAGGUAUCCUGGAGCAGGCUGCCUGUCGAGUCUCCCCCAGGCAAGCAGCCGGACCAGAGGACGGUCACACAGCGGCCAGGCCGAGCAGCUGAAGCCUGAUGCUUUGUUGCGUCUGACUCUUGGUGGGCUCACCCUAACCCUCCUACAGGAGGACCCGCCCUCUACGCCUGACGGAGGCUCCUCAUUGGCUCAGGUGUCUCAGGUGUUCUUCCGGGAGCUGGCCUUCUUCAAGGACAGCAUGUUUAGUGAGCGAGACUUUCACCAUCUGAGAGGCAGCUUUGCCAAGGCCUGCCCACACUCUCACCUCAGAGUGACCGGAGCAGCAGUACAGGUUGCUUGUGAGAUGCGGAGCGGAAGACGCCACAGUCGGGCCAUGACCUCUGACCUUUCCUUCAGCAGACUAGAACUGUUAGAGAGCCUCUGGGAGGACGGAGCGCCUCAGUACAGUGAGUUGCUUCAGUUCCAGAAAGCUGGUCUGUUCACUAUUGGAGCUGCAGCCAGACCAUGUGCCCAACUCCACUACAGCCUCACCGAAAAACACCUGCGUAAAGGUAAGCAGCGGGUGGUGCAGCGGGACAGUGUAGUGCGGGUGGAGCUGGCAGAGCUGAGCACUGAGCUGGACCUGGACAUCCUCAGUCGCCUUGGGAAGUUGAGCAAAGCCUUCAGCCACUGUCCCACACAUACGGCUGGACCUGGACUCAUGCAGACCCAGAGCAGCGAGCUGUGCUCCUCCUUCACCCUCCUCUCCCCUCACGCCAUCCUGAGGCUUCGUUUCCCCAUACCUGACCUGCGGCCCCUCCCUAAGCGUCGACCGUCGUCCCAGAGGGCAGUGCGGCAGGAGACCCUGGUGCUUGAGCUGAGUCAGCUGGAGCUGAAGCACCAGGAGGCCCCGGACCUCCAGAGCGAGCAGACUGCCCCAGGACAGCCGUGGGCGCCGUGUCUUACCCAGCUGCUGGAGGCCUCCUUCACCGACCUGCACGGGUCUUACGAGGGCUGGGAGGGCGGCUCUUUCCCCUGUAUCAGAGUAAAGAAGAACAGCGACUCUCUGCCGAGGAUAUCCGUGUGUGUACGUGGAGGUGAAACUCAGGGCCCGGCUGCAGGUCUGGAUGGGAUGAACCUCAUCAGGGACCUGGGGGCCGCCUUCUUUGAAAGUCACUGUGAACUCAACGACAAGACCAGCUCCCCGUUCUCCUCCAACCGCACCAUGUUUGAGACUGAGGAGAUGGUAAUUCCAGCCGACCCAGAGGAGAUGCGUCAGUUUCAGGCGCAGUGUGUUGCUCAGUGUCAGUGUGCGGUGGACAUCAACCUGCCGCUGGCCUACAUCCUCCUUCCCAGCAAACAGGCCUUCCAGAGCUUCUACAACAGGAUCAAUAAUGAUCUGUUGAUGUGGGAGCCCCCUCCCCCCUCAGCCCACAGCCCCAACCAAAGUCGCCAUCACCAUGACGAGUUCCAGCUCUGCAAAUCGGCCUUUAGACGAGACUCUGAUUCAGAAGAGGACGAGCCUCACUUCUACUUGGCCAGUGAAUCAUCUGGAAAGACACAGCAGUCAGCUCCCCGCCCCAAUCACAACCUCAGCCUCCUCUCCCUCACUGUGAUUAUCGGCAAAGGCCGCCUCCAAGCCAGAACAGACAAGAAGGAGGACCAGAGUCAUGGGGAAAUUGUACUCGACCUGGAAGAGGGGAAGAUAUUCAGUGUGGCACAGCAUCAGAAUGACCCCAAUCUCAAUUUCCUGUGUAUAGAGAGCAGGAAAGUGGAGCUCUACCAUCGAGCACUAGUGAAAAACACACCCAUCCCACAGCGGUUGGAGAUGCCUAACUUCACUCCCCCGAAGCACUUGGACCCGACCAUCUACCCUACAGAGGUGGGUGUGAGCAGUGUGAGUGGCAAGGAGGGGGAGUUACAGAUGUUGUCCACAGCCAUCAAAAUCACACUGGACCCACAGAGGAGUGUUAAGGAGUUCCUCGUUGCUCUCCGACUUCAAGGUGCCACCAUGCGACAUUACAUGAUGCAGACUAAUCACAGCUGGCAUGAGCAGCUGGUUGACUUCCUGGAUGUGAUUGAUGAUCCCAUUCUGGGAUACACGGCACCUGCCGUCAUCACUGUCCUCCACACACACCUCGCUACCUGUGCUGUCGACUACAGACCUCUGUAUCUGCCACUGCGCAUGUUGUUCACAACAGAGUCCUUCUCUCUGUCUAGUAAUAUCAUCGUAGACACCACCACCUUCCACCUCAGAUUCAUCUUGGAUGACUCUGCUCUCUACCUCUCUGACAAAUGUGAGACCGAUACCGUAGACUUGAGGAGAGACUAUUUGUGUUUUCUGGACAUCGACCUGCUGGAGCUCGCCAUCACCACAUGGAAAGGCAGCAAUACGGGCAAGCUGUCUCAGCCUCUCUUUGAGCUCCGUUGCUCCAACAAUGUGGUUCACCUUCAUACCUGUGCCGAUUCCUGCGCUGCUCUGGUUAAUCUGCUUCAGUACGUCGUCUCCCAGGGCGACCUGCACCCCCCUCCGCGACACACCUCACCCACGGAAAUUGCCGGCCAGAAAUUACCACUCUCAGAAAGUCCUGCGUCGGUGCCGCCCUGCCCUCCAGCUGAAACCGCUGAGAUCAACCAGUAUGACCUGGCCGAUGCCUUAAUCGAUACAGAGAAGAGCCAGCGAGAAGAGAGUUCAGAUCCAGGUUCCCCUUCCAUGCCAAGAGGCUCGCCUGUCUCUGUCUAUUUGUUCCCUGGUGAAGCUUCGAAGCGCGUGCCCUCCGAGCUGCAGGAGGAGGACUCUGAGCUUGACGGACUGGUUGCCAUAGCAACAGAGGCACAGGCAGAUGUGAUGUUGGAUGAAGGCUCUGAGGGCUCCAACGAUGACUUCUGCAUCUUGGAGGCUCCUGGGAUGGGCAUUCCCCCCAGGGAUGGGGAGCCCAUGGUGACGGUGUUGUCUCAGGGCCCCAUCAAGGUGAAGGAGAGUCACUUCUCCAGGCCUCGAGGCAGCUCGGACCUGCUCAGAGCCCCCAGCCGCUUCCCAGUGCCCCAGAGCAGGGUGGUUCUGCGGGAGAUCUCUGUGGUCUGGCAUCUCUACGGGGGCAAGGACUUUGGUGGCAAGCCCAUGUCCAUACAUGCCCAGCACACAAACCGAGGUCGUGGGUCCCCUUCUCGCUCUGCCGCUCCUUCUCGUCCCCAAAACUCGUGGCGCUGGGCUGGAGGCAGCGGGCGACAGCACGCACUGCUGAUGGAGAUCCAGCUAACCAAGGUGUCCUUCCAGCACGAGUCCUAUGCGGUGGCAGCAGCGGGGCCGGAUGGAGACGGGCAGGUUGGGGUUGGUCCUGGCGGCGAGCAGCCUCUCUCCAGGCAGGUGUUCAUAGUCCAGGAGCUGGAGAUCCGAGACCGACUGGCCUCCUCACAAAUCAACAAAUUCCUCUACCUCUACACGAGCGAGAGCAUGCCUCGCCGAGCCCACUCCAACAUGCUGACAGUGAAGGCCCUGCAGGUUUGUCCAGAGUCCGGCCUCGGUGGACCCGAGUGCUGUCUUCGAGUCAGCCUGCUGCCUCUUCGACUGAACAUUGACCAGGAUGCACUGUUUUUCCUAAAGGACUUUUUCAGCAAUCUAGCUUCCUUUGUUAACCCGUACCUGCCUGUGGACCCUGCAACUGAAGUGAGGGCAGACACCUCCCAGAAGGCCUCUGAUGAGGCAGAGUCAGCUGCUGGUCUGGAUCCUGACCUCACAGCUUCGGUGGAAACUACCUUCAGCGAGCAGAGCUCCUCCUCGGCCGGCUCAACCUCUCUCUCCGACCAGCCAAUCUACUUCCGUGAGUUCCGAUUCACCUCUGAAGUGCCUAUCUGGCUGGACUAUCAAGGCAAACAUGUCGUCAUUGAACAGGGAACGUUUGCAGGGAUUCUGAUCGGUCUAGCCCAAUUAAACUGUUCUGAGUUGAAGCUGAAGAGGCUCUGCUGUAGACACGGUCUCCUCGGAGUGGACAAAGUGAUCCAGUACGCUGUCACAGAAUGGCUGACUGACAUCAGGAAGAAUCAGCUGCCGGGCCUUCUGGGAGGUGUCGGCCCAAUGCACUCAGUUGUCCAGCUGUUUCAUGGAGUGAGGGAUCUGUUCUGGUUGCCUAUAGAGCAGUACAGGAAGGAUGGGCGCAUUAUUAGAGGUCUCCAGAGGGGGGCAGCAUCAUUCGGCACCUCCACAGCUUCAGCUGCUCUGGAGCUCAGCAACAGGCUGGUGCAGGCCAUACAGGCCACAGCAGAGACAGUGUACGACAUCCUGUCUCCAACUCCACCCCUGAACCGCUUCACAAAGGGGCGGGCUCCCUCCAGCCGGCCCCGCAGAGCUGCUCAGCCUGCAGACCUCCGAGAAGGUGUGGCCAAGGCUUACGACACCGUCAGAGAGGGUAUGAUCGACACGGCUCAGACCUUGUGCGAUGUAGCAUCCCGCGGCCACCAACAGAAGGGUCUGCCCGGCGCUGUGGGCGGCGUCCUGCGGCAAAUCCCGCCCACCGUGGUCAGACCAUUGAUCGUGGCAUCUGAAGCCACUUCCAAUCUGCUCGGUGGCAUGCGGAACCAGAUCAAACCAGAUGCCCGGAAGGAGGACUUCCUGAAGUGGCGCACUGAUGAUGGUCAAGAGUGAUGAACACGUGUGUGUGUAUGUGU